ACACACAUACAUACACUCUCUCUCUCACACACACAUUAACCAUUCUUUAACCCUUCUAGAGAAAAAAACUCUGGACCUUAAAGAUAUAAAAGAGAGCAAGAUGAACGAAUGGACAAAAGCAGGAAGGGAGGGGCUGAGUGACUGAGAGAUAGAGAGAGAGAGAGAGAGAGAGAGAGAGAGAGAGAGAGAGAGAGAGAGAGAGAGAGAGAGAGAGGGAGAGUGGGAGAUGUAGUAUCAUUAAGCUUCUGGUGGGAUUUAUGUUCUCCAGUUUCAUGGCUCGUGCUCACACAGCUACGUGAAGCAUCUCAGCCUACAUUUACAACGGACAGCUGCAGAGAUGUGGAGUGUCUGCUUAGUACUUUUCCUCCUGUUACCUGGAGACUCUCAUUCCAGUCUCACACACUCUGAUUUGUUGUGUGUAAACAACUACAUGAAGAAGAUCUGGUGUGUGUGGAACAGCACUAUGUGGCUCGCAGGUCAGAAGUGCUUCGUUCAGGUGACCAGAGACACACAUAAGGGCACAAAAAUUAAGAACUGUUCCCUGGACACCACAAGAUCCUGCAUGAUUAACAUGUCCAUUAAAUUCAGCUUUGCUGAGAAUAUGAUGGUGGACGUGUUUUGUAACGGUACUCGGAUGGACAGUGUGAAGGAGUAUCGCCCCGGCCGACACGUUAAGCUCCACCCACCUGAUCAGCUGAACGUUAUCAGGAACAACAUGACGUGGAGUCGAGGAGCUCAAUUCCCCCGGUUAAUCACACAAUAUGUGUUCGAGGUGCAGGUCAAAGCCAAGCAGCAGAGUUGGGAGGAAGUUAAGCCACGCAGUGUGGAUGGCACGUUUGUGCUGUUGGACGGCGUCUGUGAAGGCGAUUGUGAAUCACGUGUGCGAGUGAAGCCCCUCGAGCCAGAGAGAGAGGACCAGAUCCGAGGCUGCUGGAGUGACUGGAGCCCUGCUGUGUCCUGGAGGUCAGAGGUCACCAGGAGCACACUAGGACCACACAAACCAGAGACGACUAACACCCAGAUGAUUAACAUCUCUCACCCUGCAGUUAUAGGAGCACUGGUGGGGUUUGCAGCGCUCAUCCUCAUUCUCCUCAUUCCACUUUCUGUCUACCGACACAAAUGUGGGCUGAAGGUGGGCUCUGAGCACGUUCCUGAUCCCUCCAAAUACUUUCAACCUCUCAUCAAUAAGCACAAGGGCAACUUUCAGGAAUGGCUGGGUCCUAAUCGCUCGACAUCUCUGUUCCUGCCUCCUCAGUCAUGUGACUGUGAAAUCUCUCCCAUCGAUGAAGUCUCUGAUGCGUGGGAUGACCCUCUGGCUAGCAACAUGCUGCUGGCCUAUCCUAAUCACACAGCAGCUCUGCACCGGCAAAUGAGCGAUAGCAGUCAGCUCUCGUCCGGCGUCUCUAACAUGGGUUACUUCUACAGUGAGUACCAGCCAGGCUCCGUGUGCCUGGACUCCUGCCCUGUCUACUUCACUUAUCAUCCUGAAGCUGGCGUCAUCCAGACCAGCCUGUCGUACGAGCGGCUACACGGAGCCACGCCGACGAGCCCAGACUCCGGCUUCGGCAUGGAAACAGAAAAAGAAGAGGCUGAUGAAGAGGAACAGGAAGACAAGACAGGAAAAGGACAGAAGAUGGAAUGCAGUGGGGUCAACAUGCAGCACCUGGUCUCGUUCGUCGUGUCCUUGCCUGAGAGCACGAGGACCACCAUCCCACCGCCAUCUUUCACAGAGCUCACACCAUGGCACGAGGAGCCUGAAUCUUCAGUAGUCACUGUGAACUCUGAGCCUCUGGAAGCCCCCGCGAUUCGUCCGUCAUCCAUGGUGGUGCAGCCAUGCAGUAGCGGCUAUUUAACCCUGAAGGAGAUGCAGAAAUACAGCAACAAAUCCAUCUGAUCACAUGUUCCACAACUAAAUUCAAAUCAAAAUGUAUUUUAUGCCUUUUAAGUUUACCCUCAUUCCAUUACAGCUACAUUUCUCAUUCAUUUACAGCUAAUCUCACUGUCAGGUUUUCAGUUGGUGACCAGUAGCAAAGUGAAGUGGGCGGGGCAGAGCGCAACCUCCUGUACAUAAGGAUAAUAAGCGAGGAAUAUCAGUGGGAGUGUCAGUCAAUUAGGAUGCUUCUUUUUUCCCCCGAUAAAACCGUCUACUUCAAGUACUUCAAGAUGUAAAAAAGUUGUUCAAUUUCAGAAAGUUAAAGCAUUAAGGGUUUGUACCGGAGUGUGAAGCGGAGUUAGCUAUCAUAGAACAGAGUAUAAACACUGCCAUGUCGCUAAUCAUUAUAUAACACAUUUAAGUACUUGUUACUAGCUAGUUAAAAAAGUGCAGGAAGUCUUAUUCAGGAUCACCUGCUAGUAAAGAUCUGUAGCAGUCUGGAGUCAGCAGCAUUUUCACUGAAGAUUUAAACAUCUCACAUGUAAACUGUUUUAAACCGAUACCAUGAUAACUGCUGCACUAAGACGCACGUACUGACCUUGCUCCUGUUUAUUAUUAUUAUUAUUAUUAUUAUUAUUAUUAUUAUUGUUGUUGUUGUUGUUGUUGUUAUUAUUAUUAUUAUUAUUAUUAUUAUUAUUAUUAUUAUUAUUAUUAUUAUCAUUAUUAUUAUUUAGGAAAAGAACUUAUUCCACAUUGGCUUUAAAGUGCAUCUUUUUCCAGUAUUCCCUGUUUUUGUGGCUGCUAGUGGACAUCAUGCAAUUGUCCUGAAUCUCACACACACACGCGCACAUGCACACACACACACUAUCACACACACACACACCCACGCACAUGCACACUCACACACUCACACACACACACACUCACACAGACACACACUCACACACACACACACACACACACUCAUGCACACACAAACGCUCACACACAGACACACACACACACCCACGCACAUGCACACACACGCACCCACGCACAUGCACACCCACUCACACGCACACACACACACCGAUCUUCUGAUCAUCUCAGGGUUGAAGUUUAAAGAUGUACGUGGUGUUUAGUGAGUGAUUCAGUGUGCUGCCUUUACUUUAAAGUGUUAACAUAUGAAGUGUAUUUCUUUUGCCACUCACCUGUUUUUAUGCACAUAUUAAAGCUUUUUUUAUUUGUAUUGUAGUCUAUAGUAACAUAGUAUAGUGGUUUGUUACUAUCGGUCGUUUCCAGGUGUUUCUCCUCAACACCUAGCAGAACAUGUGGACGAUACAAACACAAGCGUUCACCUUUUACAGUCUUGACGCUGAGCUUCACAUUUAUAGAGACUGACAGAAAUAUAUUAAUAUAUUCUUUUUUAUUUUGACACUUUUUCAUUUAUCAUUUACAUUUUAUCUUUUUUUUUUUUUUAAUAAAACUGUGUAAAUGUAUUCUCAUGUUUAUGGAAAUGUAUUGUUUCUGGUAGCUGCAUGCACUGUAUAGAUUAAAACCCUUAAAAGUUCCAUGUAGAACAAAUUGUUCAAUCAAAAAAAGGGUCCGAAUAGAAACCUAGACUAGUCAGGGCUCAGUGCAGGACACUCGAGUUCUUCACUCCAACCUUCACCUCCACACCAUGUCACUAUCCUGGAGAAGGAGCAGAUAUCGGUGUGAUGCUCAAGGGGUCACACACUUUUGUUAAUAUAGUGUAACUUGUAUAAUAACCAAAAAAAUUCUUCAUGAAUUUGAUGUUAUCUGUUAAAAAUGAUCUUCUAUGCAGUAAUUUACUGCUGGAAAGAGCAAGGUCAGAUGUGAUGUUUGACUUUUCUGUUGACUUUUUUGUAUAAUAUCCUGUUUUCACAUGUUGAGUGUGUCAUGAUUCUCACUUCAUAUAAAAAUAAACGCUGUGUGUAAGCCGUGUUUACAAAAA